AUGCCCCGCGGGGCUCCUUCUCUCUCUCUCUCUCUCUUCCCGUGUCCGGUUCUAUUGGGGUCGCCCAUGGCGAAUCUUCCCCCUUCUCUCUCCAUAAGCAGCGCCUCCUUCGGAGGAGGGCCCGCUCCCCCCUCCCCCGUCGCCUCAGCCGCCGCAGCCGCAGCCGCCGCCGCAGCCGCCGCUGUCGGCCAGCCGCCUAAGGACCGGAAGAUGGCGUCGGCGGAGCAGCUCGUGCUGGACCUCUGCGAUCCCGAGCUCAGGGAGAACGCCCUCCUCGAUCUGUCCAAGAAGAGGGAUAUAUUUCAAGAUUUAGCUCCAUUAUUGUGGUACUCUUAUGGCACUAUUGCAGUACUCCUUCAGGAGAUAGUUUCAAUAUAUCCUGCUCUUUCACCUCCAACAUUGUCACCAGGUGCAUCAAAUCGAGUUUGCAAUGCUCUUGCUCUUCUUCAGUGUGUUGCAUCACAUCCAGAUACACGGAUUCUUUUUCUAAAUGCACAUAUACCUCUGUAUUUGUACCCGUUUUUAAAUACCACAAGUAAAACGAGACCAUUUGAGUACUUGAGGCUUACCAGCUUGGGAGUUAUUGGGGCUCUUGUCAAGGUUGAUGACACCGAGGUCAUCAGUUUUCUUCUCCAAACAGAAAUAAUUCCGCUGUGUCUACGCACCAUGGAGAUGGGAAGUGAACUUUCGAAAACAGUGGCUACAUUUAUUGUCCAGAAGAUCUUGUUGGAUGAUGUUGGGCUUCGAUACAUUUGCGCCACUGCAGAGCGGUUCUUUGCUGUUGGUAGUGUCCUAGCUAAUAUGGUCGUAUCCCUUGCAGAGCAACCUUCUACAAGGUUGUUGAAGCAUAUAAUUAGAUGUUACCUGAGGCUGUCGGAUAACCCAAGGGCAUGCGGAGCUCUGCGCAGUUGUCUCCCAGAGAUGUUGAAAGAUGGGACCUUCAACAAUUGUCUUCGCGAUGAUCCAGCGACUCGCCGAUGGCUUCAGCAGCUGCUGCAUAAUGUGGCUGGAGGCAACCUGGUGGCAUCCCUUCAGGCAGGUGGACUGGAUCACAUGAUGGGAAACUAGAAUGGGCCUCUGUUCAUUUCGGACAAGGCUACCUUAGAGAUUGUUGUAAUGCUGUGCGAUCUUUUUCAUCACACAUAACUUAUUUCGAACGUCUCGCUUAUUGUUGUAGUAGUAGUACUAGUAGUAGUUGUUGUAGUUGGUAAAUUUACUACGGCGGCCACAAUGUUGGUAAAUUUAUCUAGGUCUCUUGUGCUAGGAUGCCCUUGUAAAAAUCACGGAACUGGAAGUCGGAACCCUUCACGAACUACUGCAUGAUUUUGAUGGAGUAACAUCAGGUUCUCCUUUGGUCUGUGUUUAAAUACGGUAUCGAAGGCAAUUCAUUUCUCUCUUCUGUUUUUCUUUUUUU